AAUUUGCAUUAGUGGCUCUUACGCCACCGCUGGAAAAUCCAUGAAGGAUAAUGUUGUUAAUGACAAUUAAAUACAUACGUCAAUUGUAAACUGUAUCAGGACUAAUACAAACAUCUUUUAAACAAACCAUGAAAUCCAUAUUGUAUUUAGUAUUAUCUAUAUUAAUACAAGUAGACGGAUAUUUUCACAAGCCUAGUGUACGAAUACUUUCUCCACCAAUGGAAGUGACCUUACCUCAAGAUUCGCUAUUCGGAUUCAGUAUUGCAUACCAGAAGAGUACGAGGCAUUUAAUAAUAAGUGCACCAACAGCAGACAAGGUCGGGAAAAUAUUUAGAGCUGAAUUAGAUAACGGAAUUAUUAGACAACUGCCUGCUUACAUUUCACAUGAUGAGAGGAGCGAAGAUUACUAUUGGUUGGGAGCUAGUAUUCAAACGAAUUCGACGAAUUUUAUAACCUGUGCUCCUCGUUCCACCGACUAUUAUUAUAGUAUGACAAGCAAAUGUAUCUAUGGAUCGCAAAACACAAUAACACUUCAUCAAUCCGCUAAUAACUCGGGUCUUGAUGGAUACGGCUGGAGUAUUUAUAUGGACGAAGAUAUCUACAUAAACAAUCCUAUUUUACACGGUAGCGUAGUCGUACUUUCCAUUCAAGACAGCAAUAAAAGUUAUCGGCAAAAAUACAGCAUCACCGAUAUCGAAGGAAACAUUUUUAAUUACGGGUACAGUAUAGUCAGUGGAAAAUUCUUCUCAAACGACUUUACGUCGCUUGCAGUGAGCUCUACGUACGGCAAAUACGGGCAAGGAAUGAUAUCAUUCUACGAAAGGAGUCUAGAAGUGUGGUCAAUUUCUGAUGGCGAGAUAGGGUGCAUGUUUGGAGCGGUCCUGGCUGUGGCCAAUAUUGGAGGACCACGGUCGUCGCUGCUCGUGGGUGCGCCGACACACACGAACAAGGCACGAAGUUAUGACGUCGGAGCAGUCUACUUGUAUACACCUGACUAUGGCACUAACACUUUGACGUUGCAUAGAAUUAUAGCAGGAUCAUCAAAUGCAGGCUACUUCGGGGCAGCGAUUGUUAGUGUGGGGGAUAUGGACAACGACGGACUAGAUGAAGUGGCGAUCUCAGCUCCAUAUGAAAACGACGGCCAAGGAGCAGUGUACAUAUACACCGGUGCGGGUUUGCUCGCCGGCCACGAGUGGGCCCAAAGGAUAGACCCACCGGACACCAUGUUUGCUUUUGGAUUAAGUCUCACUGCGUUAGACGAUUUUACAUUGAACGGGUGCGAUGGUCUAGCAAUUGGCGCCCCUCGUAGCAACAUAGUAGCUCUAUACAGAGGAACACCGUUGAUAACAGUUGUCUUAUCUACGAAUUACACAAUUGUUCAGACAUCUAAACUAGCAAAUUUCAUUGAAAUUGAUGCCAAAUUAAAUGUGAAUUAUUCAAGUAGUUUGGGAGCAAUUGACGCCGUUAUUGCAGUUAAAGUUGAGAUAAUACACCCUCACGCAAAGUUGGCAGAUGCAGAUGCUGACGGUACAUUCAAUUACAAUGUGUCAGUGUCAAAAGCCGAUGAUAUUUCAAAAAGAAUAAAAAUCUUAACUCCAACUGAGGGUGACUACGAGAAAGUUAUAUCUUACAACGUGUCGGCGCAGCUUCUAAACGAUCCGAUGUUCGUGAAACACUAUAUAAAAAAUGAAGUAAUGCUGAGUGAUCGCAGCAUUCUCGUGUCAUUGGGGUCGAUAUGGGCGGCAGACUGCGGCAGCACGGAAUGCAGUCCUAAAUUUACGGUCAAAUUUACGUCAUCUAUGCCGAAAAACUAUAUACCUCGGGUAAUAGACAAGGAGACUGUGUCAAUAUCUCUUCGUAAUGAAGGAGAAACUGCAUACUCAGCGUGUGUCAAGAUACGAGUGUCCACUGCGCGUAUACUACAACCAUCCUCUGGUUGUGUCAGAUUGGAUGAUGGACUUCUGAUUUGUAAACCGAAGACACUCUUGCAUAAUGGUGAUUACUGGAAUAUCGAAAAUAUAUAUUUGGAGACAAGUGACUUGACAAGCAAUGAUAAAACCAUCCAAAUUGAUUACGAUGUGUACAACCACUGUAACAAAGAUGAUAAAACGCAUUAAGAGGAAAUAUUCGUUGUCGAGGCAGUCAGUACUGGGAUCAUCGUGCAAAGGGCAUCAAACGUCGAAGGGGCAUUUAAUAUAACGCGUUUGGAAAUUGAACAGGGUAAACGACUACAGCAUUCUUACACGAUCAGUAAUUUAGGACUAACAAAUUGGGUUUCCGUAAAAUGUGAGGUAUUGUUACCGCGAAGAAAAUAUUUAGAAGUCAUAGAAAAUCCAAUUGAGAUAAACACCGAGAAAUCUGUAACAAAAUGCGACGUUAAUGCGAACGAAGGCAAUGGAGAUAAUAUAAAAGCAUUGUGUAAUAUCGGAGACCUGCGUCGGAAUAAAGCUACAAAAAUUUUCAUAAGCAUGUUUGUUCUGCCGAAAGGAUUAGAAAACAUAAUUGAGACACAGAAUGUGGAAUUAACGACGAAAAUAACUUUGAUGUUCAAUGAACAACAAUCUUACAGUAUAACGAACACGCUUUGCUACUAUCAGGAAACUGUCUCAUUCUGGAUUAUAUUACUAGCUAUUCUAUUUGGCCUCCUUAUAAUAAUCAUAAUAGCGUAUGUACUUUAUAGGUGUGGUUUUCUUCAAAGAAAGAAAAAGCAACGUCUCAACAAUCUAAAGAAAUCCAUCAGGAAGCAAAACUCAGAUAAGGAAAACAGUCUACAACAGAGACGAUCAAUCAACGAAGAAUAUUUAGUGUCUGAUGAAGAUUUAGCGCAACAACAUAUUAAUAAAUAAUAUGAUAUUUAAAUGUAUAUUUGUUUGGACUUAAGAUCUUAAACUAAGUGUCUUGUUGUUAAUUUCUUAUGUAAUGUAUGCAUGAAAUGUUUAUCUACUUCGUAUAUUUUUUACAUGUACAGAGCUAAUUGAUUAAGUAAACAGUUUUAAAAUUCCAUAUAAUUCUGUAGUCCUGUCUAAUAAUUAUAAUAUACGAGUUUGCGCCACUCGUAUAAUCCU